AUGCCGAUGGAAAACGAAGAUAUUUCUCACUCUCCUUUCGAGCCUGAAGUUAAGGAGAUUCAUGACUCUCCCACAACUUAUGUAGCUGAUGAGCAUGAUAAUCAGAAAGCAAAUGAAUCAAAAUCUUCUCGAGAGGACGAUGACGAUGAUCUUUAUGAUGAUGUGGAGUUUCUAAAAGAAAUUGACUUUACAGGAAUCAAUGAUGACAUUCCAACAAACAUAGAGUUUGAUCUUGGUGAUGAAGAUUUUGAUCCUUUUCUUGAUAUUCCCAGCAGCCGUGUAAAUAAAGUCAAUGACGUUGCUUCUUUAGCAACCAAGACUAGAGAUGAAGGAAAUUUUCUCAAGAUUCUACUCUCUAGUUCAAAGCCCUUGGAGGUCGCAACAAGCCAAGGAGAUGUGACAUCAGAGAUUCCUCCCUCUGUGUCACUUGUCUCAACAUCUGCUCCAUUCAUUUCUGAUUUAUUUGAACCUCAUACUUCUCAUACUUCCAUGGAAACAAGUCAAUCUCUUGAAAGUCUGGAGGUACCCACUGUGAGAUGUGCUCCUCAAGUUAUUUCAACAAUCACUGCUAACUCUGCUCACUUUCCUCCAAAGAAAACAGAUGAAGGUCCAAGUACCAUGUUCGUGAUUGGUGGAUCCUCAUCCAUUCCAAAAUAUUCUCCAACUCAACCUUCUCUAGAUGAAGCUUCUAUCAGAUUAGUAAAACAUUUGGCUCAAUCUAGUCCAACCUCUUCACGAGGGAAAGGAAUUUCACUUAAAGAGGGUUGGACAUAUGAUUACAAAUCCUCUUCGCCUGAUCUUCGAGAGGAGAUUGGAAUUCUCCGUCAACAGCUCAUCGAAAAGGCGAAGGAUGAAGAAAAGACCAAACAAAUUAAUGAACUACAAACGAGUCUUGGAUCUAUACUAGCUAAUUAUUUCAAUCUCAAGAACGUUCUGUACGAUGCAUUUGGUGAAAAAGUCAAAGCCCUUUUCCAGCUGCCUCAUGGAAUAGCUGAUCCUCCCUCAGUUCAAUCACCUCCUGCAACUGAUGAUCUCUCCAUCAACCCACCUGCUCCAACAACAACUACAGUUGUCAACAGGUUUGAAAAAGAGCCAGAAGGAAGCAGAGCCAGAUUCACAAUCAAACAGGGAAAAAGAACCGUAACUGCAAAUCAAAGCGAAGGACUUUUAUUCAUGAAAAAUUAUAAUGAAAAUCGCAAAACAAGAGACCCUGUUUUUGUAGUAACAAAAGAACAUGGUUUGGAAUGA